CACACCCUGACAACACGUUCAAAAGCGAUGAAACUCUUCAACACAAAACUGCACAACCGAUGAAUUUCAUCAAAUUAUAUUUACAUUACAUUUUAGGACGGCGAAAUAUAUAUUUUUUCCUUUGGAGUCGAAGAAACGUACACUUCAAACUGAAUAGACUUAAGUGGUAACUUACUUGUUUGUUGUCAGUUAGUAAGCUGCUAACGUAAAUUGUAUUUUGCCUUUUCCUCUUACAAUACUGUAUCAUCCUAGAUGGUUGUUUUUUAUUUUUAAUCGAUUACAUUUAUUUGAUACACUCCAAGCCAUGUCUGGGAUUCAGCAUGCAUCCAAUCAAAGCAUCAAACCUUUUAAAUCGAGUGAGGAGUAUCUCUAUGCCAUGAAAGAAGACCUGGCAGAAUGGCUGGGAGAGUUAUACAGCAUACAGAUUGACGUGAAUAAUAUUUUGGAGGUGUUAGAGACAGGUGCGCUGCUGUGUGCUCACGCAAAUAGCGUGACACGCGUGGCGGAUGAUUAUGGUAAGAGGAGCGGACCCACGGAGAUGCAUCUGCCCGCUUCUGGAGUCACUUUCGUCAGCUCUGCCCAUCCAACAACAUUCCUGGCUCGGGAUAAUGUCACCAAUUUCAUCAACUGGUGUCGAAAAGAGAUGGGCAUUCCAGAUGUACUGAUGUUUGAGACUGAUGACCUUGUCCUGCGUAAGAACGAGAAGAAUUUUGUGCUGUGCCUUCUUGAGGUGGCCAGACGGGCCUCACGCUUCGGCAUGGCUUCACCAGUCCUCAUUCAGCUGGAGCAAGAGAUAGAGGAGGAGAUUCGUGGAGAGAUGGAGGACUUGCCUGCUCAGCCCAAACCACAGAGGAGUCUAAGAAACAUCCACAAUCUGGAUGAGAUGGUCCAGCUUCUGAUAAGCCGAUGCACCUGCCCAUCCCAGUUCCCCAUGGUGAAGGUAUCAGAGGGCAAAUACAGGGUUGGAGACUCCAGCACACUCAUAUUUGUGCGGAUUUUGAGGAAUCAUGUUAUGGUGCGAGUGGGCGGAGGAUGGGACACCCUGGAGCACUAUCUCGACAAACAUGAUCCCUGCCGCUGCACUUCUCUCAUCCAUAAAUUGACCACACGUCCAGGUACUCUGGUCCAUGAGAUCAAAGAGCGGUUUAUCACAACACAACCUGAUGGCCAGUGUGCUCCUCAGACCACUCUUAUGCUGAGCCGAACUCAGUCCCCUCUUCAGCCAGUUGUCUGGACCCCUUCAGCCGCCCACAGGGCCCAGAGAGGAAGGCCCUCUCCCCCACGCUCCUCCUGUUCACCUGACCCUGAACAUCAGUCCAGCCGCCGGAGAAACAGCCCUUCCCCUAACAAAUUAAGAGAGAGAUCGAGUACUCCAUCUUGUGUGUACACUUGUGCUGGCAGUAAAGACAGCUUUAAAACAAACUCCUCCAGCAGGAAAGGCAGAGAAGCAAUAAGGGCGUCACCGGCACCUCGUCUCACGAGCAGUCUUCCACGGGCCACCCCUCAUCCUACCACACCACAGCCUGAGAUACAGCGUCCUCAAACUCCUCUAGUCCUUCAGAGGAAUCCCAAUCAAACCCAACCCCAGCAAGUGCCUGAGAAGAACCUGGGACAAACAUGGACCAAAUCACAGUUUGUUUCCAAGCUGAGACAAAAUUCCACACUUGGAUUAAAAGGACGAGAGAACCAGGACAAAGCGCAUCUUGUCUCAGAUCCCCAAGAAAGUACAGGAAGGACCUUACAGAGUCCUCUGAGAGAUACACAAACAUGUUACAAACCUCCGAACAACACCAUUCAUGAUCCGGAGGACACCGGGGGUCCCAAAAAGAGUUCACAUUUCAUCCAUACCUUUUCUCCUUUUAAAGGGCUAGUAGGGGACAUUUCAGAAGCAAGACACACCAGACCUAGAACACCAGCUAAGAUCUCUCAAGAAGAGUCCCCACAUAAAAUUCAGCAUAUUCUGGGUAUAAAUGAGAAAGGCCAAACUGAACAGAGAGCAGAUAGAUUAGUCAGUAAGAAGGUACAGCACUUGGCCCUACCGGUGCUGAACAUUGUGCAGUCUCCUCACAUUGACAGCUCAAGUAAAUCUUCAGAACGCUUCCGUGAUUCUCAGAAGUCUCAAGGAGAUUUAGCAGGUGGAGAGGGAGGAAUUGAGAGAAGUUAUCUCUUCACUCCUCCUCCUCUCAGCCCUGCUCAGGAAGCCAUUGUCUAUAAGAGCCUAGAAGAGGAAAUCUUGUCUAAUCUACAGCAGCUAAGUGUUGAUUCAGAAACUAGCACUAGCUCUGAGGAGAAGAACCACGAGAAUCCCAACAAUUCCAGAGAGAUCCCACCUGACCAGUGUAAAAGAUUUAACAGAUCAACAAGUCUUGAUCGAGCGACACCCAACAACGGAAACAGGGCUUUUGAUGCCGUCAUUGCUGAACUCUCCGGUGGCCCAAGGAAGUUGGAGAAGGUGUCAGUCGAGAAGUGGGUGAAUACUAAGGUCUCCAAACCUUGUAUGACCAGUUCUUGGUCCUCAUUGGGAUCCAGUAUGGAUUCAAAGGAGACUGCUGAACUUGUGAAGGUGCCAUUUGACAACUCCAAUGCUGAGACCAAAAUACCUCAUGGAAAAAUAUCAAGUUUAGGAACUGAACAUGUAAAAAAACAGAGGAGCUCUUCAUUCAGACAGAGAAGAUCCUUAAGGAAGCCAGAAAGAGUGCCAUCAAUCUUCAAGCUAAAACUGAAACCCUGUGCGCGACCGAGACGUGAUCACAGGUCUGACCAAAAGCCUUCAAAGAUCCCAACACCAGUUUUCUACAAAAGAACAAGCAGUAACGAGGGACACUCUUACAACCAGAGAGGAAACGAUUCCCAACGUGGGCUUUUUGGCACUUGGACUAAACCAAACUCCCAGAUCCCAAUACCAAGUACAACAACAUGCCAAAGAUCAAACAAGGAGCCACAUGCAGAACAAGAUCUGGAAACCUGGGUUUAAUCUACUACUCAAACAUUUGAGAGUUUACUGAAAAUUUGACUGCCAGUUCAGAUGAGCCAUAUGUAGGUCAAGAACUGUUUUACCUGCUAAAAUGCACUUUUCCCAAAGCCUUCAUGAUCAGUUACAAAAAUCACAGCACUUUCUUCAGAGAAUGAAAUUGCCUUAACUAAAAUUAGACAUGUUGGUGGCUUAAUUGUUUGUUCAUAUAUUGUUUACACAUAUACAUACUGUACAUCAAAAAGUACAGUACACAAAUUAACCGAAACCUCAUUGACAACAGUUAAUGCCAUAGCAAAGUAGCAAACUAUUUUUGAUGUUUUUCUUUAGUGUCUAAUUAAUUAAUAUGUAAACAUUAACUAUUUGUCAAGAUGUUUUCUUCAUCAGUUCCACUCGGUCUUACUCUAUACUCUGUAAACUGAAUGUUUCAGCGGUUUUGGCUUAUUAGACUUUAGAUUAAGGUUUGCAAAGAGAGUCGUCUGAAUUGAGCAUUUCUCCUCAUUGUCACACUCACGCAGUAGACAUGACGGAUCAGAUGUUCCAUGUAAUCUGGUGUUUCAUUGUUGAGGUUGAUAAAAGAGAGGAACUCGCCCCAUUUAAUAAAAACCAAUGCAUUGACAUCAGAGCUAUGUGAAAUGUUUGCCGCAUCAAAACAGAUCUGAAUUAUGUUUUUACAUUUUAUAACAUGCUGUAUCAUGACUGGACAAGGUUUUUGCCCUGUAUGCUGUUUAUUCCUGUCAGCUCCAGCAAGCAUCCUGCUAGCGUUUCUUCCAGUCACCUUGUGCUUCAGUGUUUUGGCUGCUGGUUUUAUAAUUAACUCUUGGCAUAAGUCUGGAGCUAAUAAUAGCCUCGUCAGAA